AGGAGGAGGAGGUAGUGCGGCUCGGCAGCGGCGGCUGAAGGGAGGCGGCUGCGGGUGGAAGCAGGUGAGAGAGCGAGCCAGCCAGGGCCCCGGCGGAAGGCAGACGGGGGCCCCACCUUUCCUUCCCUGGCGAGAGGGCUCCGGAGAAGGAAGGAAGGAAGGAGGUUGGUGCGCUGGAGGGGGAUUCGUGAGGCGUCGGCUCCUCGGGCGUCCCCUGAGGGCACAAGAACUGAGCAAUGAAUAAAUUACGGCAGAGUUUUAGGAGAAAGAAAGAUGUCUAUGUCCCUGAAGCCAGUAGGCCACACCAGUGGCAAACAGAUGAAGAAGGGGUUCGGACUGGGAAAUGCAGCUUCCCAGUCAAGUAUCUUGGGCAUGUGGAGGUGGAUGAAUCAAGAGGAAUGCAUAUAUGUGAAGAUGCUGUCAAAAGACUGAAAGCUCUACCUACAGUAAUAGCGUUCGACUUGUCCCCCCUGUUCCUCCAGGAAAGGAAGUUCUUCAAAGGCUUCUUUGGAAAAAGUGGAAAGAAGGCAGUUAAAGCAGUCCUGUGGGUUUCAGCAGAUGGACUCAGAGUUGUUGAUGAGAAAACAAAGGAUCUUAUAGUUGAUCAGACAAUAGAGAAAGUUUCUUUCUGUGCUCCAGAUAGGAAUUUUGACAGAGCAUUUUCUUAUAUCUGUCGAGAUGGCACCACACGACGCUGGAUAUGUCAUUGCUUUAUGGCUGUAAAGGACACAGGAGAGAGGUUGAGUCAUGCAGUUGGCUGUGCAUUUGCAGCCUGCUUGGAGAGAAAGCAAAAAAGAGAGAAGGAGUGUGGAGUGACUGCCACCUUUGAUGCAAGUAGAACCACAUUUACAAGAGAAGGAUCUUUCAGGGUUACUACAGCAACCGAACAAGCAGAAAGAGAGGAUGUCAUGAGACAGAUACAAGACACUAAAGUUGAAACAGAUGUGAAAACAACUGCAUCAAGUGUUGUAUCUGGCAAUACAGCACCAUCCCCAAGUUCCCCAACCUCUCCUACUGCUGAUGUUGCAUCCUCGGUUGACAAAGAGUCCAAUAACCCUCAUGCCAUCCCACGAAGACAUGCUCCCAUAGAGCAGCUUGCCAGACAAGGUUCUUUUAGAGGUUUCCCUGCUCUUAGUCAGAAGAUGUCUCCAUUUAAACGCCAGCUGUCUUUGCGAAUUAAUGAGUUGCCUUCAACAGUUCAGAGGAAAACUGACUUCCCCAUGAAAAACUCGGUUCCUGAAGUUGAAGGAGAAGUAGAUAGCAUUAGUUCCCUGUGCUCGCAGAUUACAAAUGCAUUUAGCACACCAUCUGAGGAUCCUUUCUCCUCUGCGCCUAUGACAAAACCAGUCACUGCAGUUGCUCCACAAUCUCCUGCUUUCCAAGUUAAUGGCACUGCCUCUGCCUUCAGUGUGCUUGCUGCUAAACCAGUUCAAACUACUGUAGCACCCCCAGCAAUACCUGUUCGUGAAACCAAUCCUUGGGCUAAUGCCCCUGCUGCUCCAGCUGCUGCUAAAACUGGAGCUGCAGUUCCUCUUUCUGGUACUGAGUGGAGUACUAAUUCAGGAGCAGCCUCACCAAAUCUGUUCCAGGCAAACCACAGACGCACUCCUUCAGAAGCAGACCGUUGGCUGGAAGAGGUAUCUAAAACUGUCCGAUCACAGCAGCCACAGCCACAAUCACAACCUCCAGCUCCUCAGCCACUCCUGCAGCCUCCAGCUGCAGUUUCUCAGGCAGCACCAACAUUUCCAGUCAACACUUUUAUUGCAUCUCAGCCAGUACCUGUUGGUGUGGUGCAGCCCAUGCAGCCUGCAUUUAUUCCUUCUCAGCCCUAUACUGUAACAAAUGGAAUGCCCUAUUCUGCUCCCAGUGUCCCAGUGGUUGGAAUCACCCCUUCCCAAAUGGUAGCCAAUGUCUUCGGCACUGCGAGUCACACACAAGUAUCCCACUCUCAUCAAUCACCUAGUCUUAUAAAACAACAGACAUUUCCUCAGUAUGAAACUAACAAUGCUACCACCAGCCCUUUCUUUAAACCUCCUGCCCAGCAGCUCAAUGGCUCAGCCGCUUUCAAUGGGGUGGACACUGCCAAAUGGUCUACAGAGGACAAGCAUGUACUGCCAUCUGCAGCUGCCCAGCAGGUUGACCCAUUUGAAGCACAGUGGGCAGCACUGGAAAGCAAAUCAAAGCAGCGUACCAACCCAUCUCCAACUAAUCCUUUCUCAAGUGAAUUACAGAAGACUUUUGAGAUUGAACUUUAAGCAGUCCUGUGGCUUGUCCUUCAUGUGUAUGUAUGUGUGUUGGGAUUGGAUGUAUGGGGAUAUGAGGUCAGAGGGGACUUCUGAGCAGCAUUGUCCAAGUGCUGGUGUCCCAGUGGAAACAGAGCAGGAUUUACAGAAAGGGAGCAAUCAUGGGAAGAGGCUCCCAGCCCCAGAGCAAUUGUGAAAUAAUCUAGGAAAUGUACCCUGUACUACUUGCCUUCCUGCUUGGGAAUUUGAUUAGAUGGGAAGUGAGCUCUGAAACCUUUGAUUCACAAGAACUUCAGAAGACCUCUUAAGACAAAAUAGAAACAACUUACCACUAUCUUUAAAAUGUAUCUACCUUCCUGUAAGUGACUCAUCCCCCUGAGGAGAAGAGAGCAGUUACGGGGACAGAGGCGUAGUGGUGAAUGGGCCGAAGGGGGGAAAUGUGAGAACUGCUCAGCAUAUGCUGUCAGUGGAAAAGGAUGAGCUUCCAUUUUGAGUGACACAAUUAUUAUACAUAAAAUAAAGCCAAAAUCUUUAUUUUUAUGCAUUUUACAUUAUUUUGAAUAGUUCUAGAUAUCAAACGCUGAAUGAGUUGUAAGUAAUCUUGCCAAAGUUAUAACGGGGGGGUGGAUGUAAAAUUGUACAUAAGAUUGAUUUAUCACUGAUUCUUACAGUCAGUAUCAUGGGAGUAGAGUGGGGAGCAGAGUUCCUAGCUUGUUCUUGUACGUUCAUUGUAAGUAGCAUAUUGCAACAACAAUCAUGAGUCAUGACCAAUUAAAAAUCACUAUAGAGUAGUUUAAGAACAAUAUUGUCUUGGUUUAAAAACAAUUGGUAUUUUUUUAAAAAAUAAAUCAUAGUAGUCAAUAUUAGAGUACAUAUAGGUUCUUUCAUGUACUGCUGCAGUUUCUUUGUCUUAAAUUGGUUUUAACACUACUGUGAGAGCAACUGUAAUCAAAUCUACAAUCAGGUCAACUUAGGAACCCAUUUUAUGUGCAUUGACUAGGUUUUACUUUUUUUAAAAAAAGCUUUCCCCCAUCAUUUUAUGUGAAAAUAUGUGACUAGACUGCAGCUGUUUCACGUUUUUCCUCUGGCAAAUCAAUCUCAUUUUAAAUUUUACUCUUAAAACUUGGCCUUACAAGCAAAUGUAAGUUAUAUAUUUGUACUGAUGAUUUAUAAUCUGCUUUAACAGAAAUAAAUGUUGGUAGUAGACGA